UAGCGGGUAAACGAAUAAAUUACUCACAAAGAAAUUCAUACAACUCACGAGUUGAAGCUGCGGUUAUAUCAUAUAAUUCAAGUGGACAAUUUCUUCGUUUAAUGCAUAAAAAUAUACAAAAUGAUAUAAGCCCAGGUAUAAUAGGAAAGAAAUUCCUUACAUCCAAUAAAAAAAAAAGAAACCAAUCUAAAAAACGUCUUUUUCCUACAAGUAUACAGAAAAAGAGUAAUGUUGGCCCGGAUCAACAUUAUGGUUUAGCCGAACCAUUACCCGAAGAAGAUAAUAUUUCAAAAGAAGAGUUACAAAAAAUAAAAGACGAUUUUAUCAAUUCACUACGAUUAGAUAGAAACGGGCGCUUGGAUAUUGAAAAGAAAACUAGAGAACAAGCUAAUUCUCAAAUUUGGCAUGCUGAACGAAGGAAUAGACUUACAACAUCAAAUUUUGGCCGUGUUUGUAAACUACGACCAACUACGUCUUGUAAAAUUUCUGUUUACGAUAUAUUAUAUAGGACAUUUUUCUCGAAGGCAACUGAUUAUGGUAAAGCCACCGAACCAGAAGCUAUCGUCGCAUUGGAAAAUAUUUUAAAAUGCGAAAUCCAUCCGUGUGGACUUAUCAUUGAUGAACAAUUUCCUUACCUAGCAACAACUCCAGACGGUAUUAUCAAUGACGAUUUUUUAGUUGAAAUUAAAUGCCCGUUCGCAGUCAGAGAUACGUUGACAUUUUCGGAAGCGAUGAACAGUAAAAAAGUAAGAGUAUAA